AUGGCGAAAUCUUUCAAUACCUUGUUCCUGUUGAGUAUUGUUCUUCCAACAAUUUACUGGCUGUGGACAAAGAUACUGGCUUGGUCUACCAGAAAUAAAGCCGGAUGCUCUUCUCCGGUCAAGUACAAACACCUCGAUCGAAUCUUAGGAUUCGACCUCCUCGCGAAGAAGAUGAAGUACACAAAGGCCGGAAAGCUACUGGCUUUAGACGAUGAAUUGUUCGCAAAAUAUGGAAAAACAUUGCAUACACUAUUUUUUGGUAGAAAUCACUGGAUGACUAUGGAUCCUUUGGUUAUACAAACUGUCGCCGCUACUCAAGCCGAUAAGUUCGGAAGUGCGCCUUCGAACCGUAAGCCAGCUGGGCCGUUGCUAGGUGAUGGCGCCUUUACCACCGAUGGGCAUAUAUGGAAGUGGUCUCGAGAACUUCUCCAACCCGUCUUCAGUCGGUCACAAGUUUCUCAAUUAUCAGGGUUAGAGUCUCAUCUGCAACGCUUCCUUGAACGUAUUCCUCGUGAUGGUUCUACGAUCGAUAUCCAACCUCUCGCCCAGGGGCUUUUCUUAGAUAGUUCCAUGGAGUUUAUCUUCGGCAAAUCGUCUGGUUCCCUCUCACCUUCCGAACAAACUGCCCAAGCCAAACAGUUCUCAGAAGACUUUGACGAGGGCCUUCGAGGAAUGCGAAACAACUACAUGCCAGACAAAUUUUCAUGGCUUGUUGGUCCCGACAAGAAAUGGCUUGCUCAAUGCGCCAAGAUCCAUGCUACCUUGGAAGGUUAUAUUGACGAAGAGAUCAAGUUCCAAAAGCAGUCAAAGUUGCCAGGUACAUCAUCCAAGCCCAUGAAUGGCUCAUCGGGAUACCAACACGUUCUUCUCAAAGAGCUUGUUAAACAGUAUCCGGACGACAAGACUCUCAUUCGAAAUGAACUCAUGAACGUCUUUUUUGCAGCUAGAGAUUCAGUAGGAACGGUCACUUCUAGCAUGCUAUUUCUCCUCGCUAGAAGUCCUGAAAGUUGGGGGAAAUUGAGAGAAGAAGUUGCCGCUAUCGCACCUGAGCAAGAAUUGACUUUUGAGUUUCUCAAAUCCUUAAAAUAUGUGCAAGCUGUGAUUGACGAAACACUUCGACUCAUUCAUCCUGUCGAUCGAGCUUGGAGAACAUGUUUAUCCACUUGUAUCCUCCCACGUGGUGGCGGGAAGUCGGGGAACGAUCCUAUUUUACUACAACCAGGCGACCAAAUCGAAUUGAUAUAUGGUUGUAUGCAUAAAGACAAAGAUAUCUGGGGUGAUGAUGCAUCAGAAUUCAACCCGGACAGGAUGGUUCGACUUAAACACAGUUGGAAAUUUAUUCCAUUUUCCGGGGGGCGUCGCACAUGCCCGGCCCAGCAAAACGCAUACACUGAUAUGGCGUACUUCUUGGUCAGGAUGGUACAAGAGUUCAAGACUAUCCAUAAUCGGGAUGAUUGCUUAGAGUAUGUCGAGGAGUAUGUUAUGACCAAAUCCAGUCGAAAUGGAGUCAAAGUUGCAUUCUCAGUCAAGUAA